UAUAAGUUCAUGACUACAGCCAGGAGGCCCCACAACAUGAUGGCAGCAUGCAGUUUGAGGAUAUUUUAUGGAAUUGUCACUCUUCUCUGGGCUGUUCUGGUUCAUGUUCAGUGUAAUGAGGAGAUGCAACUUAUCCAAUACAUGUUCAAUGGCUAUAACAAGAACAUCCGCCCUGUGGUCCAUCCUGAGGACAAACUGGACGUUCAGAUCAAGCUGACCCUCACCAACCUUAUUUCUCUGAAUGAAAAGGAAGAGACUCUUAUGACCAACGUCUGGAUUGAAAUACAAUGGAUUGAUUAUCGUCUGGCCUGGAAUACAUCGGAUCACCAUGGCAUAGACAUCAUCCGUGUCCCCUGCAAAACUGUCUGGCUCCCUGACAUUGUCCUUGAAAACAACAUUGAUGGCAAGUUUGAUGUGGCUUACUAUGCCAAUGUUUUGAUCUCCAACAAUGGUGGGAUCUAUUGGCUUCCUCCAGCUAUCUAUCGCAGCACGUGUGCCAUAGAGAUCACCUACUUCCCUUUUGAUUAUCAAAAUUGCACACUAGCGUUCAGAUCGCAGACCUACAGUGCCAAUGAAGUGGACCUCAUAUUGGCUGUUGGAGAAACAGGCGAAACAAUAGAAUGGGUGGACAUUGACCCCGAGGCCUUUACUGAGAAUGGCGAGUGGGCCAUCGUCCAUCGUCCAGCCAGGAAAAUGAUCAACGCGCGAUAUUCCCCGGAUGACCUGGAGUAUCAGGAGAUCAUUUUCAACCUGGUCAUCCAGAGGAAGCCCCUCUUCUACGUCAUCAACAUCAUCCUGCCAUGCUCCCUCAUAUCUUCACUGGUCGUAUUAGCGUACUUCUUACCAGCUCAAGCCGGCGGUCAAAAAUUGACGGUGUCCAUCUCCGUCUUGCUGGCUCAGACUGUCUUCCUCUUUCUUAUUGCUCAGAAGGUCCCGGAGACAUCGCUCUCUGUCCCGCUCCUUGGCAAGUACAUCAUCUUUGUUAUGUGCGUUACCACUCUCAUUGCUACCAAUCAGAUUGUGGUGUUGAACUUCUCCCUGCGCAGCCCCAGCACUCACACCAUGUCCCAUAACAUCAAGCAUCUGUUUUUAGAAUUGGUUCCCCGCUUCCUCGGCAUGUCCCCAUUGGUGGACGACAACGAGGUGACGUCAGAAGUGAACAACAUGAGAGAUCGGAGGCGAGACUCCUUCGGCCUCAUGCAGAGAGCAGAGGAGUACGUGCUCAAACAGCCCCGCAGCGAGAUGAUGUUUGACAAGCAAAAGGAGAAGCAUAGCCUGAUGCAACCCAACGUGGAUGGCGUUGAUGCCAACACUACAGCCAAUUUGUACAAGAGUUUAGCCCAAGCUGCACCAGAGAUAAAGCAAUGUGUGGACGCCUGCAACUUCAUUGCGGAGACUACAAGACAACAAAACAACACUGGAUCUGAAAUUGAAAGCUGGGUACUGAUCGGGAAGAUGAUUGACAAGGUGUGUUUCUGGGCGGCCAUUCUCCUCUUCAUCAUCGGCACAGUGGGGAUCUUCCUCACGGGACACUUCAACAGGGCGCCCGAAUGGCCAUUUCCCGGGGAGAGCAAAAAAUACACCCCUAAUUGAAGAAAGGGAAAAAAACCUGAAAACUUUUGAGGCUAAGACCUCCCUAAGGUUUACUAUACUUCA